AUGCCAGGAUGGAGAGGUGAUGGUUUCCUGGAUGUUAGAAGGACCACUAAGACACGCACCCAGGGUGGCAGGCAGCUCCUCAGAGUGACCGCCCAACCCCAGCAAGCCUCCAAUGUCUGGCCAGUUUAUAGGGCCAGCGACGUCUCGGCUGGCCUGGCUUCCCCUGCCGGCGGACCUGGCAGCAGGAGGGAUCCUUGUGCCCCGGGCCCAGGUCCUGGUCUCGCCGGAGUGGCCGGCAGGCUCCAGCCAAGUGUCGUCUCGGUUGAGCCACCAGGCGGCAGCAGAGCGCCCCCGCCAAGCCCCGGGUUCCCGCCAGUUACCGGUGGGACCAUUACAUAUAAACAACUCUUCAUUCCGAGCAUCGUAGUGCUUGCUGCUUUACUGGGGCUCAGUAUUCCUCUAGCAAAGAGGACUUGUCCUGAGUGUAGAGAAACUUGUCGAAGUGACUGGUUGCAGCUCAGAAAUAAGUGCUACUUUUAUGAUACUGAGGAAAAAAAUUGGAACAAGAGCCAGGAAUUCUGCAAAAAGCAAAAUGCUAAUCUAGUUGUGAUUGAAAACCAUCAGGAACUGGCAUUGGUUCAGAAAUUCCAGGGUUCCUGGAUUGGUCUCCAUAGGAUAAAUGCAAAACUCUUCUGGGUGAAUGGAGCACUAUUUAAUGAAACUCUGUUUCAAGUCAGUGAUCCUGGAGACUGUGCUUACAUUUCUGCAGAUAAAAUUGCUACAAAUGGCUGUUCCACAAACAAAUCAUCUGUUUGCAGCAUGCAUCUGAAUGUGACAUGA